AUGGAGGUAGAGAAUAACAAAAAGCAGCAAAAGCUUCAGCUCCACAGCUUCUACAACCAGUGGGCAGAAAAGAACAGGUUUCAGAUUGGAGAUACCUUGUUGUUUGUAUAUGCUGGCGACAAGGACUGUGUUCUCCAUGUAACCAAAGAUGACUACACAAAUUGCAAUACAGCAGCACCCCUUGAGAAGUUCACUGAUGGGCACACUCUGUUCAAGUUUAAUCAAUCAGGGCCACAUUACUUCAUAAGUGGGGUGGCUGAUAACUGCCAUAAAAAUGAAAAGUUAGUAGUUGUUGUUAUGGCUGACAGAAGCAAGAAUUACUCCAAUGGAACAGUUCCGUCUUCUCCUCCUGCACCGUCGCCAGAGGUGCCGCCUCCGUCGCCAGUGGUGCCGCCCCCGUCGCCAGCUCCUUCUGGUGAAGAGUCCCCAUCUCCACCUUCUGGGGUGGAGAUAAACCCAUCUCCGGCCCCGGCCCAGGAGUCUUCUCCACCCAAGAACGGUGCUUCUUCCUUUCCCCUCAGUGUUUUUGGAACCAUAACAGCUUUCCUUGGUUCAUCACUUGUUUUAGCUGUUUGAUGUUGAAAAUGGUCUCUAACUUCUUUUCUUUUUUUGGGUCCUUUUACAUUUUCUUCCCUUGUUUUGAUUGUUUUGAGUGACUCAAAAUGGGAAUGUUGGUAGAUUCAUUAUUUGUUUGAUACAAGUGAGAAAUAAGCUGAGACUGUGUUGGCCAUUGUGUAUUAUCUACUUUUGCACUAAUUGGAAUAAAAUGUCGUGCAUUUUGCUAUA